AUGAGAGAUGCAAACAGCGAAUUGUUUAUUCGUUUUACUCAAUGCUCAUUGAUGUAUUAUCCAUCCAGCAAUAUGUAUAGAGAGAAACGGAUUAUGGGAUGUGAAUAUGUGUUACUAAUGUCAAAGCAUGAAACGAAUGUUAAUAGCAAUCGCCGCUUUGUCAGAAUUUCUUUACAAAUCAUUUCUAUCGCUUUCUCUGACCGCAGAAUGUUUGUGAGUGAUUUUGCAUAUUCCUAA